UCAACUACUUCCACGCAACCAGCAGACAUUACACUCACGCCAAAUGUACCAACGGGACAGGAGGGCCUGCUUUUGCCAAACCCCAAAUCGCUUUCUUGACUCAUGAGAAUUAUUUUGUAAAGACCAAUUGCUGUUUUCCUUUGAAUUACUGCCACCCCCCUCUCUCAUCUUAUGUGAACCUCGCGUGAACCCCACCUGGCAUUGGAAUUUCGCUGCAUAGUUUUUGAUUUUGAAGAUUUUUUUAACCCACCCUCCCACCCUCUAAGACGUUUUGGACUUUGUGAAAGCAACUUCCAGGCCUUCCUGUUUGGUUUUUUUUUUGUGUGGCGGUGCUGCUGAGCGAGUAGCUGCAGGAUGGCUACUUUACCCGGAACAGUGCCUCGGAUGGUGCGCCCCACGCCGGGUCAAAACUACCCUCGGACCGGCUUCCCUCUGGAAGUCUCCACCCCACUGGGCCAGGGUCGGGUCAACCAGCUGGGCGGCGUGUUCAUCAACGGGAGACCCCUGCCCAACCAUAUUCGCCACAAGAUCGUGGAGAUGGCCCACCACGGCAUCCGGCCGUGCGUCAUCUCGCGACAACUGCGCGUCUCGCACGGCUGCGUGUCCAAAAUCCUGUGCCGCUACCAGGAGACCGGCUCCAUCCGCCCGGGGGCCAUCGGGGGCAGCAAGCCCAGGCAGGUGGCCACUCCCGACGUGGAGAAGAGGAUCGAGGAGUACAAGCGAGAGAACCCGGGCAUGUUCAGCUGGGAGAUCCGGGAUAAGCUGCUGAAGGACGGGGUGUGCGACAGAAGCACAGUUCCUUCAGGUGAGGCUUCAUCUGUGAGCUCCAUCAGCCGCGUUUUGAGGGCCCGAUUUGGCAAAAAAGAUGACGAGGAUGACUGUGAUAAGAAGGAUGAAGACGGAGAAAAGAAAACAAAGCAUAGCAUCGAUGGCAUCCUCGGUGAUAAAUGUAGCCGCACAGACGACGGCUCCGACGUGGAUUCCGAGCCCGACUUGCCGCUGAAGCGCAAGCAGAGGCGCAGUCGCACCACCUUCACCGCAGAGCAGCUGGAGGAGCUGGAGAAAGCCUUUGAGAGGACGCAUUACCCGGACAUCUACACCCGGGAGGAGCUGGCCCAGAGGACCAAACUGACAGAGGCCAGGGUGCAGGUGUGGUUCAGCAACAGACGGGCCAGAUGGCGUAAACAGGCCGGGGCCAAUCAGCUCGCUGCCUUCAACCACCUGCUUCCGGGCGGAUUCCCACCCACUGGCAUGCCCACUUUACCCACGUACCAACUCCAGGAGGCGAGCUACCCCGGCACCACACUAUCGCAGGAGGGCAGUACCUUGCACAGACCUCAGCCUUUGCCGCCGUCCUCCAUGCACCAGGGGGGCCUGAGCGACAGCAGCUCGGCCUACGGCCUGUCAUCCAACCGUCACAGCUUCUCCAGCUACUCCGACUCCUUCAUGACCCCUUCAGCAUCCAGCAAUCACAUGAACGCAGUCGGCAACGGGCUCUCCCCGCAGGUGAUGAGUAUCCUAAGCAACGGGAGCGCGGUGCCCUCACAGCCGCAGCACGACUUCUCCAUCUCGCCGCUGCACGGGAGCCUGGACGCUUCCAACCCCAUCUCAGCCAGCUGCAGCCAGCGCUCGGACCCCAUCAAGGGGGUGGACAGCCUGGCCUCCUCGCAGUCCUACUGCCCCCCCACCUACAGCGCCACCAGCUACAGCGUGGACCCCGUCGCCGCCGCCGCCGGCUACCAGUACAGCCAGUACGGCCAGACUGCCGUGGACUACCUGGCCAAGAACGUGAGUUUGUCCACCCAGAGGAGGAUGAAGCUGGGUGAGCACUCGGCCGUGUUGGGACUGCUGCAGGUGGAGACGGGUCAGGCUUAUUGAAGCCCCCCCAAGCCCCCCGAGGACGGCACGCCACUCGACCAACACCUUGGAGCCACUUUGAUGACUUUGAUGUUGAUAGUAGUUAACAAUCUCAUUUCAACUACUUUCUCUGCUUUUUUUUCAUACUGUUAAUAUUAUUGUUGCUGUAUGAAUGUUGUUAAUAUGAUGUUCUUUGAUUACACAAGGAGGAGGAGGAUUGUUUCCCCCCCAACCCCCAAGCUCCAUUUUUUUUCUUCUUUUUUGGGUGGGGGUGGGGUGGGGGGUUAAUUGACCUUCCCGCUUUCAUAUCCAUCAUGACAUUCCAAAAGCACUUGGCCACUCUGUGGGAAGUCUGGCUGGAGGGAAUCUGCAGGGAAUUUUAAGCAGUGUUUCGGCGGCCAAUAGCCCCCCCCCCAACCUCCCCCCCAACCUCCAUCCCAUCCUUAGCUGCGUUCCAUGGGGAAGGGGGGCUUUGUUUGGGGAAAAAGCAAUUGGGGACAUGAAUGUAUUUUGUUUGGAAAUAUGGAAGCCAGACCACAUGACACUAAAUCCCAUCUGCCGUUGUUCAAGUAGAUUAGAUCACACCAAUCUAAAAUCAGGCACCUUCACUUGGCCCAGCAAAAGACAUGCAUUCCUUCCAAAACAUUCCGAAAAACAUCUCGAAAGCAUUCCAACACUUUCCACUUUGAAAAGAGUCCACGAGAGAAACACGUCAUCAUUUUUAUGACAACGAAGUCAACAAAAAUAGUCGUCAUUAAGGAGAAUUCAUUUGGACUACUGCCAGGGUAGAACCCUGAAGAUAUGGUUUUGCAAAAGUCAAGCUGUGAUCACUGAAGUUACAUUUUACAAUAAUUAAGGUGGAAUAGUCAGAGAAAAGUUCAAGGAUCAUUUUGUGAGAAUAAAGUUCUUCCGAAAUAAAGUAUAGCUGCAGGAGAAAAUCAAUCAAGUGUUAGAUUUCAAAGAAAGAUCAAAUUGAACAAGAAUUAAUGUACACAAAAAUAUAACAUAACAAAUAAUUUGCUUGGAUGAAAAACAAAAGAGGUAUUAGAAUUCAUGAGAAAAAUGCUACAAUUUGGGAACAUAGCGAAUUUAUCCCGACAAUUUUGGGGGGUAAAAAUUAGAAAUAAUUCUCCAUAAAUUAUUCCAUCAUAUUUUUAUCAUGUUUGUUAA